AUGGGCGACAAAGAUUUAAAUUCCAGUAAAAAAUGUGAAACACGAAGAUAUAAUGUUAUAAUAAUUGGUAGUGGCAUGGCUGGUCUAGCCGCUGCAAAUUAUUUAAUUAAAAAUGGCACGGAAGAUUUUAUUAUAUUGGAAGCUAGGAAACGUAUUGGUGGAAGAAUUAUUUCAAUACCUAUGAAAAAUCAUAACGUAGAACUAGGAGCCAAUUGGAUUCACGGAGUCUUAGGCAAUCCAAUUUAUGAAAUAGCUACGGCAAAUGGUCUUGUAAACAUUAUUAAUAUACCUAAGCCACAUAAGGUUAUAGCGGCUACUGAGGAUGGGAAACAAGUUCCUUUUGGAGUGUUGCAAGAAAUACACGAAGCUUAUGUAUGUUUUUUAAGAAGAUGUGAGGAAUAUUUUUUGUGCCAGUACCUACCACCACCCGAUAUACAUAGUGUAGGAGAACAUAUAAAUCUAGAAGCCACUAUUUAUCUUGAGCGACUACCGGCAUCGGAGGAAAAAAAGUUACGGCGUUUAAUAUUUGACUGUCUUCUAAAACGUGAAACUUGUAUAUCUGGAUGUAAUACUAUGGAUGAAAUUGAUCUUUUAGAAUUAGGUAGCUAUACAGAACUUCAAGGUGGUAAUAUAAUGAUACCGUCUGGUUAUAGUAAGAUUUUAGAACCUAUGACUAAACAUAUUCCUUCUGACAAAAUAAUAACUAAUCAUGCUGUGAAAAAAAUAGUUUGGGAUUCAGAGCAGCAUAAUUUAUCUAGGCUAGAUGAUGAAGAGUCAGAAGACUCAGAUCAGACAGUGAUUGAAGACAUUUCGAAAUCAACAUCAGAAAAAACAAAUAUCACUGAACAACCAACAGAUACUCUUAUUAAAUCAAAGAAAAAGUUACUGCAUACAGUGGAAGUGAUUUGUGAAAAUGGACAAAGUUUUUAUGCAAAUCAUGUCAUAUGUACAAUUCCUUUGGGGGUUUUAAAAGAUCAUGCAAGUACCCUAUUUGAACCCACAUUACCGCAGUAUAAAAUUGAAUCUAUAGAGAGGCUACUUUUCAGUGCUGUUGAUAAAAUAUUUUUGGAAUAUGAGAGACCAUUUUUGAAUCCAGAUAUUACAGAAAUAAUGCUCCUUUGGGAAAGUCCAUCAAGUCCUGAAGACUUAUCACAAUGUUGGUAUAAGAAAAUUUACUCUUUUAGUAAAGUAACCGAGACAUUGUUGUUAGGUUGGAUAUCUGGAAUGGAAGCUGAGUAUAUGGAAACACUAUCUAUGAAUGAAGUAGCUAUUACAUGCACAAAGAUUUUGCGUAAGUUCUUGAAUGAUCCCUUUGUACCAGAACCACAAAAUUGUGUUUGCACUAGUUGGAAGAAACAGCCUUAUACAAGAGGAUCAUAUACAGCUAUUGCUGUUGGUGCUAGUCAAAGUGAUAUUGAAAGUUUAGCACAACCUUUAUUUAGAAAUGUUCAUGAUAAAAAGCCCACAUUACUUUUUGCUGGCGAACACACUCAUAGUAAUUUUUAUUCUACUGUUCAUGGUGCCUAUUUAUCUGGCCAAGCAGCAGCGCGUCGAUUACUAGCACCUGAUGAAGCACCUGAAAAUCUUCUAGAUUGUCCUGGUACAGCUGAUUUAAACACAUGGAUACAAGGUGUACAACUACAAUAA